UCGUAGCAACUUCCUUGGCAACAGAAGCCGUGUCGUGAACACUUUUCAGAUUUCCUGUAUUUGUCCUCCAUAAUGCGUCCGAAAUAUUACACUCCGAAUGAGGUUUCAGUGCACAAUACAUUAAAGGAUCUUUGGGUGUCAUUCUUAGGAAAGGUGUAUGAUUUAACUCCACUUUGUGAUGAUUACGCGGGUGACGUACUCUUGAAACCAGUCAUAGCCUCAGCUGGCAAAGACAUUUCACACUGGUUUGAUAAGAAAACAAAAGAGAUUCGCACUCAUGUGGACCCAGUAACAGGCUGUGUGUUUCCGUACACUCCCCAUGGGCGCUUUGUCCACAUCCCCCCGCCUUGUCCUCGGACCGACUGGACCAAUGACUUUGGCCGGCCGUGGUGGAAGAAUGACAGCUUCUGCAUUGGAAUCCUGUCGGCAAAGACUCGCUUCAUCAAGAUCAUUAACACACUGACAUCACAAGAACACAUCAUUGAGGUUUGCUCGGAAGAGAUUAUGUCAGAGAUUCUGGAUCGAUAUCUCAAGUGGAACCAGCAUGCAGCCAGCUACACCUGGAAGUACAACGGUGUCAACCUGGACAUGGGCAAGACACUGGAGCAGAAUGGGGUCGCAGACGAGGAUGAGGAGUUCUACAAGCUCAGCAUGAACGACGACGAGUUCCUGCCGGCCAUCCACCUGUACUUCAACGACGACCUCACUGAGGCGUAAAAAGGAUGUGUGGGGGCUGAACAUACAUCACAAGUCCCUUCGAGUCCAUUACAAAUCCAUCAUUACAAGGUCCUCUCAUCUCAGGUCAAGUUGUUCAGCCGACCUUUUAGCAGCAGCAUUCCAUUGGCCCUGCUCCUUGUUACUGGUCCUGUGAAAGAUCUUGCGACUGGGCUUAUGAUAGGACUUACAUGACUGCAACACUCAAAUGUUACACUUUGGCAUGGAGUUGGGGGGUCUAGGAAUCCAGUUGUUUGGAGGGGGCUAGAUUCCAGCCAGAUGGGUACAUUGGCAUCUUUGGGGCACCUCGUUGGACUAAAACUUUUGCAACCGGGAUGCCCUGUUUUCAAUGUUAUGCAAGUGUAGUAAUCCAAUCUUUCACGCUCUUCCUUUGAUCUGGGAAGGGUGGAACACAAGGAGUUGCGAAAAUAUUAAGUUUACAAGCACAGCAUGAAUUGACAAACUUAUCAAGGUAACUAUAGCGAUUGAUAAUACAGAGAGGCUUCAAAUGGUGUAAAUCCUGUGUUACUUUUAUCAGUUGGGAGAAGUCAACAUGUCCUUAUAGACGUCUAGGGUAUGCAUUCCCCUUCAUAUAGCAAGGACUCUGCAGUGGUUUUUAUGUGGUUUUCAAAUGUGCACAGUUUGAGCCACAGUUGUUUCUGUGGUUCUUAAUUGACUUCCAACUGCAUUUGUGUUGUUCUGGAUGUAAAGGCUGGGGGAUUUACUUCAGAAAAAUGUAUGAAAAAAGAUAAAUUUGGGGUAAAAAAGUGGCCUUUUGAGCUUAAUUGCUCUGUGACACAUCUAAAGUGUGAAUCAGUCCUUACCACAUGUACCAUGUAUGUACUUCAGUGAUAACUUUGUCCAUUAUACUACAUGUAUCACGCUGGUGGAGUAGAACGUCAUACAUGUGCUGAAUUGCCAGUAAUCAAGUUAGUAUUCAUAACUCUCUGACUGUCCUCAAGUUUUAAAGUGAACCUUCCCUGGUGACUGCACUCAUUCUUGCAUGUCAUGUUACAUGUACCGGUAAGUAGUGGGGGUCAGGGUACGGAGAAAGUUGGACUUAACUGGAUAGACCACAAAAUCUAACAACAAGACAGCAAGCUCGGAUAUCACUGAACUGACAGUAAGGGAACAAACUGGGCACCUUCUGAGUGGAGGUUUUAAUUUUUUUUUCUUUUACAAAUGUUCAGAUGUUUAAAUGUCAUUUGGAAACUUGCGAGGAUAUCCAAGGGGCCUAGUUUAGUGGUUGCGACUUCCUUCUGUGCUUUCAAUAAAAAUGCCUUGUUACUCCAGUGUUUUAAAUGGGCCAUUUCUAACAGAUUUGAUGUACAUACAUGUAGUUGUACAAGCAGUCUAAGCAGAUAUACAGUUGAUAUUGCAACCGUUACACACUUUGUAAAUGUCACAUUUUUGUAAAUAUCUUUGCUGUAUUAAAAUUUGUGUUCACAGUUA